UAAAUUCGGUACUGUUGUUCUUUUUUUGGCAGACGGAAAUGAGAAGAUUCCUCUUUUUUCUGCUGAUUUUGGGAACGUGUCUGGCGGCUGCCGCCCACCCGGGUCCUAGUCGACAGUCGAAGACGGAGGAGGGACCGGGUUCGGACCCCCGUUCGUUUCCAGCAUCUUCCAUGGCCGCCUCCCCUUCUCCAGAAACUCGGGAAGAUGAUGAUGAUGAGGAGGAGGAGCAACUGGACCGACUUCGUCACCUCCCAAAGACGGAAACGGAUAGGGAGUCACGCCCCGACGCUCCGGACCCCCCUUCCGCCGCCCGCCGUUCUUUAGGUUCCGCUUCCGCUUCCGGUGAGGAAAACGACGAGCUGCCGAAAGAAGAAACGAGAGAAUCGAAACCGGAGUCGUACCGGAAGUACGCGGGGGUGAAGUUCUCCCCGGCUGACCUGGCCGAUUACAUCGCCAGAACGGGCGACGAAGAAAGCGUGGCCCUGGCCGUUGAGGAACUGCUCAGGGAAGGAAUCUUCACCCGAGCUCAAGCCAUUUCCUAUCUUCAGGAGGUGAAGAACGCACGCGACCGAUUUCGACGAGAAAGAAAGGCCCACGUGGCCGGAAGUCGACAGGAAACAGGAAAGAACACGGAGGAAAGUCCGAACCCGCCACCCGUCCGUCGGCCAGCGCCGUCGGAGAGGAGCGGAACGGAGUACCGAGUCGAUCCCGGGAGAGAGAGGGAGGAAGAGGAAGCGGAAUUGGAACGGAUUUUAGAUAAGAUGCGUGCCGCCGCUUCGGCCGAAGAGUACGCUUCGGAAGAGUUGAUCUUUCGCCUUUUCAAGGAAGCCCUGGUCCGGAGCCUGCAGAGAGAUCCGACGAUCGAAGUGUCCCCGGAUAAGAUCGCCGCCAUCUUGGAAUCGCGAGCGUCAGACGUCCGCAUCUCCGCUGAUGCCCGGCGCAAGAUAUUGGGCGCUGCCUCUGCCGCCCUGGUCGACACCCUGAAGGAGCUGUCGGAGGUGCCCCCAUCGGUCUAUGACCGGGUCCCCUCCGGAGUGGAACGCCAGAUCCCAACGGAUGGCGGGAAGGGAAGAGAUUCCUUAGAAAGGAAGUCGUUAACUGGAGGAGGAGGACCGACCGUGUCCUCCUCCCAAGAAUAAGAACAACAGACGAACCCGGUCUUCCCCGUUUUUUCCAACGUCUGGCAGUCCAUCGAAGAAAAAGAAGUUGGCGGCUCACCCGUAUGGUGGCAGAUGGCAGAUGGAAGGCAGUUCACCCCUUUCAGUGGCAGAGGCCAGAGACUCUUUUCCACUUCUGAGCGGGAAGCACCGCCCAGUUUUCUCUGCUUCACCAAGCAGAAAUUGCCCCUCCCGGGCACUGGUCCGGUGAUCUCCAACUUGUAGCAUUCCUUCUUCUCAGACCAAUAAAGAUCCAUGGAAUCCCA